AUGUCAUCUGUUAUCAAAUUCGUGGACACAGAAUUGUUCAUGCGGUUCGGGGAGCGAAGAACCCGGGCGAGCCUGAGGGAGCGCACGGACGCCGGCGCUCCACGCGGACCGCGGCACUGCCCAGAGGGCGCGCUGACCUCGGCCUGCAGCCGCGCGCCGGGGCCGCCCGGUGGAUGCGGGCGAGGCGGAGAUGCGGGGGGCGGGCCCUGGAGGGGCGGGCCGCCCCAGGCCCGGAGGCGCGGUCUCCCAGCGCGGCGAGCGCGACACAGUGCAGCUCCCGGCCCUCGCGCGGCGGUUGUGGGGUGGCCUGGCGCGGCUCCCUCCUGCGCCCCAGGGCCGGACGCCCGCUGCAGCCUUUCGAAGAGGAAGCGGCUCUGGCUCGCAGCUUCUCCCCUGGCGGCGCUUUCUCUCUGCGCAGCGCAGACACGGGCGCCCUCGCCUGCCCCGCGCUCCUCGUCGUUCGCGGUGGAUGAGGUCGCCUGCAGAUCCGGCCGCGCCCGGGCACUGCCCAGGUGGAGGGGCGGAGAGGCCUCGGCUCUGUUUUCGUCUGGGCGUCGGGAAAUGGAGGAAGGAGCAAGGACCACUGCUCCUGUGACGGCUACACCAACAGCAUCUACACCAUCUCCAUCAGCAGCACAGCCGAAAGCGGAAAGAAGCCGUGGUACCUGGAAGAGUGUUCGUCCACACUGGCCACAACCUACAGCAGUGGAGAGUCCUACGACAAGAAAAUAAUCAUUACGGACCUGAGGCAGCGCUGCACGGACAACCACACUGGGACGUCGGCCUCAGCCCCCAUGGCUGCGGGCAUCAUUGCACUGGCCCUGGAAGCCAAGUAAGCCUCUCUCUCCGUAUGUCUCUCCACUGGCGACCACCCC